GCAGGUCCAGUCUGGGUCUGUAGCGCCGGAGUAGGAAUGCUUCACAUGCACACCCGGGGAGGCUGCGGUGCGGUGACGCAACGGUGAAACGUAAAUACGCAGCAUUUACAUGGCACAGGCGGCAAGCAAUCAAGCGCGCGCUCACGGGUAGCCGGUGGGCGCACGGUGCACCGAUGCCGCCUGGUUCUUCUUGGCCACACUCGCAUAAGAAGCCCACUGCACUGAGCACUGGCCUACACUUGUAUACAUCUGCAUCUUGAUCCAUUGCUGCCUACCACAGCUCCGUGUUUGCUCCCAUGGGUCUCUGCCUGUCCGUGGCUCUGUGGAAGGACAAGGUCUACGCCGACCGCCGGCGCCGAGGCCAUGACGACGUCGCCGACGAUGUGAUGAUGAUGAUGGGAGGCGGCGUCUCUGAUUACGGGCUCCCCGUGGGGUCUGGAGCGUUCAGGUCGGAGGAAGCGGUGGUGCCGCCGAGACCUUCGGCUUCGGGUGUGCUGGAGAGGGCGGGCGGCACGCCGGCGCGGCCGAUUUGGCAGAGGAGGGUGCUGAUGGGCGUCAAGUGCCAGCUGCCGAGGUUCAGCGGGAUGAUUCUGUACGACGAGCGCGGACGGCCGGUGUGCGGCGGCGUCCGGGACAGAGCUCGUGACCAGGAGAAGCAUGCCGCGGCUAUUAACAUACUGAGGGACAUGCUCUAGGCUAUCAUCUACUAUUCUCCUUCCCCACUCAAAAACAAGUGUGUUACAUAAUGUCCUUCAAUUUCAAAAUAGUAGAUGAUCCCCUCCAUCCUUCUGGAGCUAGUAUUUUGAAGGUUCUACUUUUUAAUGGUGCUAAUUUAUAUUUAUUUCGUAAGUUUGUCGUUAUUUCGCCGGUCAUUGACAUUCUUCAUGUUCUUGUUUGCAUAUGUUUUGAUGAUGUAUCAUGACUGGCCUUCUUAGUUGUCGGGUUUGUCCACAAAUCUUAUAUCGACGCAGAGGAUGAACAUCCUUUUGUGGACAACAUUUAGAA